AUGGAAGAGACUUUGUCGUUGUUGAAUACGCACUUGGAGAAGACAGUAGAGCUUCUUAAAAGCGCCAAAAUCCGUCAACAGCUGCAUGAAUCACUCCACAAUCAUGAGCCAGGAGUUCUGCCCAAUGCCAGUAGUGUAGCACUGGCCAAUCAGUCAAUUGACCUUCUUCAUGAAGUGGAGCAGUUGCUCGAACCGGGCCACCUGAUUCUCGCAGACCACUUCCUCGGGUGGAUGACAGGCUACGUUCAUGCGAAAUGUCUACUCGGCGCAGUGAAUCUCGACAUAGCAGACAAACUAGAGGCCAACGGACCCAUGACCAUCGAAGACCUCGCCAAAGCUUGCGGUGCUCGUGCAGACCGUCUUGAACAAGUUCUGCGCGUCUUGUGUUGCAAUGGCAUAUUCAGCUACGAGGAAUUAACCGGUCGCUUCAGCAAUAAUCAUACCUCGACGUUGCUGUUGUCCAAUCACUGGACACAGUGGCGAAACUGGGUCACUCUCUACGGAAAUCAAUUCUACGAUAUGGCACGCGGCAUUCCGGAUUCUCUAAAAGAAGGAGAAAAUCGCUGGCCCGCUCAGAUAAACUUCAACACCGAUGAGAACAUGUUCACCUACUUCCAGAGACAGGGCUGGCUACCACAGCUGCACCGAACCCUUGGCGCUGGCGCUUCUGCUCAAGCACCGGGAAUUUUGGCAGACUAUCCGUGGGAUGAAGUUGCGAAUGAGACAGUGAUCGACAUCGGCGGUGGUGGGGGUGCGCUGGUGGCACUUCUGCUUCGGGAACACCAACAAAUGAUCGGGGGUGUAUAUGAUCUUCCUGCAGUGAUCGAACAUAUCAAGCCCGCCUUUCAUUCUCCAGAAGGGGAGUUCUGCGACCUGGGACCACGUGUCCCAGCGGCAAACCUCAUCGCAGGGGACUUCUUUUCGUACAUCCCCCCGUGUAAGGUGUACACGCUCAAGUGGUGUCUGCAUGAUUGGAAAGACGAUGAGGCGGUGAAAAUUCUUGAAAACAUUCGGAACGCGAUUAUACUAGGGCCAGAGAGUCGGCUAGUGGUUCUUGAAUCCAUAUUGGGCUAUACGCGUAGCUCGCGGCUUUCCCGGUAUGCUGAUAUGAAUAUGAUGAUCACAGCCAACGGCUUAGAGCGAACAAUGGCGGACUGGCAGAGGCUUGCCAAGCGGACCGGGUGGGAAAUUUCUAAUAUUUAUCAUCUGAGAAAUGCGUGGCCAUGCGCGAUUGAUAUGAGACCAUUGGUCUGA